UGCGAUUGAGGAAAGCGACAAAAGAAGCUAGAUCACGACUUCGUAGGAAGCUGAAUCUAGAAAACCUCAAACUCUGCAGCGAUUAACUCUACAUGGAUGGGAUGGUUACAGGGUCGAAGAAGAAGCAGCGAUUGAAUCAUGAUCACAGGUCGGCAGCCAUGGUUGCGAAGAAGAAGAGCCGGACGCGGGGGCCCAACAGUCAAUGGUCUCGUCUUCCUGAUGAUCUUCUUUGGAAAAUUGGGAGCAGGCUUGAUUUCGUAGAACGGCAGCGUAUCUCUCAGACUUGCAAGGCCUGGGAAUUGCCUUUGAAAGGAUACUCUUGGCUGCUGUGUCAUCCCCUUGAACGCAUUUCUAGAGGAACAUUGCGUCAAUUCAAGCUCUACGAACCAGGUAACCCUAAACCCUGCUUGCUGGAAAGGGAUUUCAGAGAAAAGGGAGUAAACAAUUUUGUUGAUGCAAAGAUUUGUGCUUCAAAAUUCAGCUGGUUGCUUUUCCGGAAGAACGUUUCUAGGGAUUGCUUCUUCUUUCUGUACAGUCCUUUUGCUGCUAAAAACAUAGUGCUGCCAAAAUUAUCUGGGUUGCCCCCGUCUUGCCCUGAAGUUGCGUUUUCCUCUGAUCCAACAUCUGGGGAUUGUGUUUUCUACCUUCUCUAUGAAUUCUCAGAAAAAGUGAGUCUCUAUGAAUUCCAAAAGGGAGAAAUGCACUGGAAAGAAUAUGUUUUGAGUGAGAUUUCAUGUGGGUGCGGAAUGAAUCAUGGGAUGGCCAUUAUUGUGUUUAAGUCUCUGGUUUUCCUUGAUGGGAUGUUGUAUUGUCUAUUUACUUGUGGAGAACAACGGUAUUCAAUUGCUAGCAUCAACAUUAUUCAACGAGGAUGGAGAUUGUUGAAAAGUUUUUCUUUGCCAUCAUUCGAAGUUGGUAAGUAUAGUGCUGUAAUGCUUGAAUCCAACGGUGAACUCUUGGUGAUCCACUGCAUCAGUCAAGGGCUUUAUCCCAAAUUCUGUAUAUUCAAGCUUGAUCGCCCUCAAAAUGCUUUGUUUGAAAUAACAACCCUUGAAGAUCAAAGUCCUGUGUUUUUUAUUGACUGGCAUGCUGCAUUCUCAGUUGAAGAACAUAGAGAAAAAAGGAAGCAGAUGAUAAACAAGGAACGUGGCAGUAAAGAAUUCCGUUGCAGAAAUAUUUUCAUGAAAGAGAAUAAGGUUUAUGACGAUUAUAUUACUUAUAAUUUGGACUUGCCAAAGAUGCCUUCGAAUUCAACGUUUCUCUUUCUAGAUCUUAGGAAAUAACAUGGAUCAAAGGAUUACAAUUUCCUAUGUAUGCUUUUUAUUAGCAGAUUCUCGUGUAUGAUAUAGACCAAACAGAGCUACUCUGUCAUGUUUUUGGAUAUGUGUAAGUGUAAUUAUGUGUAAUUAAGCUGAAGCAAUGUUAAUCAUAUAUAUUUGAUUAAUCAUGUCUUCCUUUGAAUGUACUUGUUUUGCGCCUCAUUUGUUCGCAAAUGAGUGGUUGCCUCGAGGAUGAUUACAGGGGUGGUUAAGCAAGAAAGAAGAACCAGUUGUUGAUUUCUGUGUGAAACAGGGGACUGGCACAAAAGAAUUGUGAUUUACCUAGUUGAUUUUUAAUAUUUCGAUGUUUGAUUUCUUGGUAUAUUUUCUGAGUAAGUGUAUACAUCUUAAACUGUUUUGGUUAUUGAAGUUCGAUUUUCUGUGUUUGCUCUGUGACCCUGGACUGAAGCAUUUGGUUUUUUCUUGCCGCUAAGGUUUGGUUGUGUUUAUUUGUUGCUGAGUCUUUAUUUAGGUUCCUGAAGCGUCUAGUUUUGAUGAGAUUUCAAUGGACGGUCCUGCUAUAUGUUAGUUGAUUUUCUGUGCUUUUCCUUCUUGAUUUGUUUAAUACAUGGGUACUCAAAGAAAAUUCAGAUACAGGA